GUCUCUGUGCAACUGCAACAUCUUGGACCCGGAGCACCACACACAGGAGCACGCGAUGCUCUAGCACAAUACGAUGGCACCGGAUAGAGGUCAAGGCGUGUGACACCAACAUGUCCACUUUCGUCCCUCGCGCCGCCUUUCCGGUCCUCGACUCCCUCCCGCGCUCCUACUAUCUUGGCCAUCAUGCAGCGGGUGUGGCGAAGAUGAGAACGCUGCUUAACCAGAUCGACUUUGUGGUGGAAUGUCGCGACUACCGCAUCCCGCUCACCUCGCGCAAUCCGCUGUUCGAGGAGGUGCUCGCCGAUCGGAAGCGGAUUAUCGUCUAUACGAAAAGGGAUCUUGGGAGCGAUGGGAGCGGACAGGAGAAUGCGAAGACCAUCGAGCAACUUCGCAAGCUACACAGCCCAACACCGCUCUGCUUCUCCGACUUCCGAUCCACCAGAGACAUCCGACACAUCCUCAACCUCAUGCGAGAUUUGAGUGAAGCUCGCCAAGCGCUGACAGGUUCUCACUGCAUGGUGGUCGGCAUGCCGAACGUCGGCAAGUCUACCCUUCUCAACGCUCUGAGGCAGACGGGCGUUCACAAGGGCAAAGCAGCGCAGACGGGAGCGCAGCCGGGCGUGACGCGCAAAAUCGGCACCGGGGUGAAGAUCAUUGAUGGAGGGCCUACGAACCAGUCGGAUGUCUACCUGCUCGACACGCCCGGCGUCUUCAUCCCUUAUGUCCCAGACGCAGACGCCAUGCUGAAACUCGCGCUAUGCGGAAGUGUGAAAGAUAACAUCUUGCCUCCAUUUACAUUGGCCGAUUACCUACUCUACCACAUCAACAUACACGACCCUACAGUGUACUCGGAGUAUCACGGCCCCACAAACGAUGUUGAUCAGUUGCUGGAUGCGAUGGCCCGCAAAACCGGACGGUUACAGAAAGGCGGCACACCUGAUGUCGAGGGGACGGCGAUGUGGAUGGUGCAGAGGUGGCGCAAUGGGCAUCUGGGCCGUUUUUUGCUGGAUGAGCUUACGGAGGAUUCGUUUGCGAGGCAUGUGGAGAGCGUUGCGGCGCGGCCGAUGAGUCUGAGCCAGGCGAAGAAGGCUGGGAAGGAGGCGUUGCGUGCGAGAGCGAGGGCUGUGAAGCCGGUUGAUGUUGCUUAGGGAAGUAAGGGAUUGGAUGUCAUUGGAGUGGGGGAGUUGUUAGGAUACCCUCUUCGCAUAUUGCAUUAUAAUUGGUGUCGUCAAAAUCCGACCAAUUGCGUAUAUC